AUGAAAUUGGAAAUUAAAAUACGUGCUAGUGAUGUUGAAAAAGAGCUUGGAGGCGGAGAGUUAGACCCAUUUGGAAAAGCUGGUACAUAUUUUAACGAACCAGAACAUCUUUCGGAAGAAAAUCCCACUAAACUUAUCAUAAACAUCAUCGUACAACCCCAUCGAUCACCUCCAAAAACCCUCAGAGACAUUAUUGAUAAUAUUACAAAAGAUUUGAUAGAGCGUGAUCCUAAACCGUCUAACGAAUUAGACAUGCCAUUACAACAGCGUGACUUCAAUAGCAAAACUCGGUUUGGCUGGGAACUUUUUAAUUGCGUCAAAGAAAAUUUGCCACAGUAUUUCCAAGACCUUUAUCGCGAUUUGUCUGAUGAGAUCACAAAAAUGAGAGUUUUUCAAAGAUGGACUAAUAUACAUUUCGAAUAUAUCUUUAUAGAUUUCGGAAAUGGCUACAGCCUUGACGACUAUGAUUACAAACUAGAUGCAAGAGUGAUUAUUGGCUUGCGCAUUGCAUACGCGUUUUUUAUUGAAAAAAAAUAUGUAAUAAACUUUCGAGCAUUCCUUCUUAAAGUUAUAGGUUUUGGGGACAAAAUUAUUAAACUUUUUCACGUUGAUACUGUCAUAAUUUAUUGUCAUGAAUUCUUGAAGAUCUCUAAUGAAAAACAACUCUUUCUAUAUAUUCAUAUUGAUGAAUUUCAGACAAUUGAUUCCUGGGAUAAGCAAGAUGUAACAAAUCCGCCAAAAAAUGUCUUCUAUAAGACGAUCCACUAUCUUUCGAAUUACAUGAUUGGCCCUUCCUUAACUAUUUUUGUCCAGCCGUUCCUUUCAGGAACAGCGCCACAUGCUGUCGUUGAACAAACAGAACCUUCAAAUGUCUCAUUUGAGUUUGUUAAUUGUCCAUUAUUGAACAUUGCAUCUAUGAUUCGUAUCAUGGAUCAUUUUGCAAGGAAGUUUAAAGCUAAAGUUCAAAAUCGCGCGUAUGAGUGGAAGAGCUGUUAUCCAAUACUUCAACUUCUAAUGGACACUGGAGGAUUGCCUCGUGCACUUCAGCGACUCUUUAUCAUCAUCUUUGGGGAAUAUGUUAAAUGGUAUCUUAAUGAACAGUAUAAAAUAGAACAUUUUAUUACGGAUAAAGAUAAUUAUGAAAUUGUCGUUAAACUUAUGUAUUAUUGUAUUGAAGGGAUUCAUGUUACCCUUGAUACUUGUCUAGAUGAUAAAAAGCCGGAUCUCAUGAUCAGAAGUCUGGAACGUGACAGACAUAUUGUUCUCACCCGCGCCGAAAACUGUAAUUUGUACUUGAUCAAAAUGCCAUUCUUUUUUAUCAGCAUCUAUAACGAUAUCUUGCGAAUUGUUGAUUCGGAUCUUACGAAGAAGGUCUUUCAAGAUGAUUCUUCCAUGUAUUGGCAAGAAUGGGAAGUGUUUGUAGCACAUCAUGAAGCAUUUCGUACGAAUCUAGCAAUUAGAAUGGGAUAUGAAAAGCUUUCUUUCUGGGAACUAUAUCCUGCAAAUAUGAAGCUGACAACCAAACGUAAUGAACAAAUUGACUGGAAAAAUGGGGACGUCGUAGUUCUUAAUGGUAAAUCUGCUGAAUUUGCAGAUAUAUUCUUUGUUAGAGAAACCGAUGAUACCAGUUUCUUCACAAUGGACCAAAGCAAAUGGGACUACGCUUCAAAAACGAUGACCGAGGAUGAUGUUGAUAAUGAAGAAGUCAAAAAUAAUAACGGCUUUUAUGGUACACUUGAUCUUCAUGAAAAUUAUGAACCCAUGACAAUCAUUUUUACUACACAACCAUAUAACGAAUCAGAACAAAAAUCAACCAUGUUUGCCUUUACUAAAAAUAUUAAUCCCAAUUUCUGGGAUAAAAAUAGGUUAUUAAAUUGUCUUGAGGGUAUUGGUAAGGCUAAAAUCCGUGACGUUUUUAGCAAGCGGCCAUUUAUUAACGAAGAAGAGUUUUAUCGUCAAAUCCCAGAUGCUAAAAGGCAAAAAUUAGAUUUUUUCCCGUACGAUGUACCGGGAACUGAACCAUAUGUACUUUAA